AUGGCCUCAUUCCUCCUUUGGUCUGUCGCUAUCACGGCCUUCUUUGCCUCGAGUGCAGCGGCGGUUAAGCCGGCAUGCCCACCCAAGUUUCCCUGGGAGCAAAUUGAGUUGACCGACACGGCUAUUGCCAAUAGCAACCCUGUGCUUUUUGGCUUUGGCAACAACGCCGGCUUCUCCCAGUGCAAGGCCUUCCCAGGUGACGCCUCAUGGCCUUCGCCAGCAACCUGGGACUCACUCAACCGGACCCUGGGCGGCGCUCUCAUCCAAACAGUACCCCUCGCCGCGCCAUGCUACCGCAACUGGCCCCAAUACGACGCCGCCACAUGCCAGUAUAUCAGGGAGCACUGGGGCGACCCCAAUCUUCACAUUAAUGACCCAACCUCGGCCAUGUUCCCCAUUUACCAGGGCCGGACCUGCAUGCCCACCGAGGAUCCGGACAGCAGCAACUGCACUCUGGGCGGAUACGCCUCCUAUUCCGUUGCGGUCACAACCGUGUCGCAGAUCCAGCUGGCACUGAACUUUGCUCGCAAUACCAACGUACGCUUGGUGGUGAAGAACACGGGCCAUGAUUUUGCUGAUAAGUCUAUUGGAGCCGGCGCCCUGUCCAUCUGGACUCAUAAACUGAAGGACAUCCAGUUCCUGGCUGAUUAUGACUGCGGGCGAUACCGCGGGCCGGCGUUCAAAUUGGCUAGCGGGGUUCUCACUGAGGAAGUGUACAAGGUGGCUGAGCAGAACAAUGUCACUGUUGCGGGGGGCGAGUGUCGGACUGUGGGCAUUGCCGGUGGAUACAUUGCUGGAGGCGGCCACUCUCCCAUUUCGUCGCUUGUAGGUAUGGGAGCAGACCAAGUGCUCUCACUGGAAGUGGUGCUCCCCGAUGGGAGAUAUGUGACUGCCAACGAGGACUCGUAUCCGGACCUUUACUGGGCUCUGCGCGGUGGCGGCGGUAGCACAUACGGGGUAGUAACCUCCGUAACAAUCCGCGCCUACCCCAAAAUCCCCAUCACCACCAUGACCUUUGCAUUCACCACCGGCCCCAACAUCACCGCCGACACCUUCUUUGCCGGCCUGGGCGCCUACAUGCGCUACUUUGACACCUUCACCUCGGCCGGCGCCUACGGCUACUUCCUCGUCGUCAGCUUCGCCCCAGGCGAAUACCUCUUCCAAUUCAUGCCCAUGUGGGCCAACAACAUGACCGCACCCGCCUUCAACUCCCUAGUCACCCCCUUCCUAACCGACCUCGCCAACCUCGGCAUAUCCGUCACGCCAAAUAUCACCGAAUAUCCGAGCAUGUACACAGCCUAUACCAACACCUGGCCGGGGCCUGAACGCGUAGGCACAACCGACUCGCACGCCGCCUCCCGCCUGUUCCCCAGGGAAAACUUCACCCCUUCAAAACUCAACGAAACCCUCGCCGCGGUCCGCUAUGCCGUCGAACGAGGCGGGAUCCUGAUAGGGUACAACAUCCGCGCGGCCCCGAACCCAUCCGUCAACCAAAACAACAGCGUCAACCCCGCCUGGCGGAAAGCAACCGCAUUCUUCUUGCUAGCCGCAUCGUGGCCGGCCAAUGCGACGGACGCACAGAUCCAGGCGGCUAGCAAGACACUGACGACGGACUGGAUGGAGCGUUGGCGGGCUGUUACCCCGGGUUCGGGGACGUACAUGUCUGAGGCGGAUAUCAAUGAGCCGGAUUUUCAACGGGAGUUUUAUGGGGCGGGGCAUUACCGGUGGUUGUAUAGGCUGAAGCAGGAGUAUGAUCCGACAGGGCUGUUCUAUGCGCCCACUGCGGUUGGGUCGGAGGAUUGGUAUGUUACUGGGCAGGUGGAGUGGCUUCCGACGCAGAAUGGGAGGUUGUGUAGGAAGCCUGAGGGUAAAUGA